AUGGGAAAGCGGCGGCGGCAGGACAAAGAGGAGGCGGCGGCUACACAGGACAGCGACAGCAGCGAAAGCGAAGGCAGCAGCAGCGACAGCGACAGCGCCAACAGCAGCGACAGCGAGGCCAGCUCGAGCGGCCGCGGCAGCGACAGCGACAGCGCCGGCGGCGGCCGCCGCGGCCGCGCGCCCCCCGCCCGCCGCGUCGGCGUGCCGGUGCGCGUCCUGCGCCAGUCAGGCGCGGCCCCCGACGCGAGCGCCCCCUACGUUGGCUAUUUUGCAAACGGCCGGCUGCCCGCAUUCGCCAACGAGCGCGGCAGUGGCGAGCCCUGGCGGUUCCAAGUGUUCGAGACGCCGGGCCCCGUGCCGCAGAGCACGCUGGUGUCCGAGCAGGGGGCCGCGACCCUGAUAGGGCGCCCCGCGGACCCGGAGCUGUCGUCACAUGGGUGCCAGUAUGUGCUGGGUAUAUAUGAUAAGGAGGAACGCACCCUGCAGCUGGUGGGCGCGCAGGGCAGCCAACUGGCGCGCGUCGAGGCGCACGUGAACGGCGUCAACUAUGGGUUGGCCGCGGGCGCGUCGCGCCGCGACGCGCAGCGGCAGGCCGAGCUUGAUGCGGACGUCAAGGCGCGGCGCGGCCUGGCCACUAGCGGGCUCGGAACGGCGCAGGGUCCAUCACAACCAUAA